AUGGCAGGAGAAGGAGUGAGUCUGAAUCAUAUAUCUCGAGAGUCCACCGACAUUAACCGCCUCGCCAAAUUCUACCAACAGAUUUUUGGGUUCGAGGAAGUAGAAAGUCCCAAGUUCGGAGAGUUUAAGGUUGUCUGGCUACGUCUUCCAUCUUCUUCACUCUGUCUCCAUCUCAUCGAGCGUAACCCAUCUAACAAUCUCCCUGAGGGUCCGUGGAGUGCCGCUUCUCCCGUUAAAGACCCUUCCCAUCUCCCCAGAGGCCAUCAUCUCUGCUUUUCUGUCCCCAAUUUUCAAUCCUUUAUCCAUACUCUCAAGGACAAGGGUAUUGAGACUUUUCAGAAAUCUCUGCCUAAUGGCGAAAUCAAACAAGUUUUCUUUUUUGACCCUGAUGGUAAUGGCUUGGAGGUUGCAAGCAAGUAA